ACAGUUGGCGAACGACUGCGGAAGGCGCAGGAUCUAAAACCGCGCUAGGCGCUACUCUCCACGCUCGCUCGCUCCGCUCUUCUCUAACCCGUGCGAUCUACACCCGGUUGCUUUUUCGUGGGGGAAACCUGAAACACGCAUAUCCCCGUGGCUGCCUUCGACCGCGCGCCCGCCGCUACGUGUAACACACUACGAACCUACCACCUUCUGUCCGCCGGAGUUACGAGUGCCACACGCAGUAGUAGUCACGGUCAGGGAGGAGGGUCGCCGACGUCUCGCGGACAUCACUCGCUCGCGCGGUCUCCUCUCUCGACUCGCGUCCGUACGGUCUUUAUGGUGAUAUCGUAUGCACCCGUCGUGUAACACAGUUAACGCGCCGAAUCGUCAUCGUCGCGUCGCGUCCGCGUCCGUCUCCGUCUCCGUCUCCGUCUCCGUCUCCGUCGUAUCCGUGUACGUAGUAUUCGUCGUAACGUCGCGCGCGCGUUAUCGCUCCACGAUCCGGUUUUUAUAGAUUGUGCGCGACAAGUUGGAAGAAGAUACGUAUCGCGGGGCAGCUGCCACACUGUCGUGCGUCACGCGCGUCUCACGUAAAUACAUCCGCGAGGAGCAUCCGCGAGGUGCGAGCGUAAACACAUCGGUUGACUGUGCCGCGACGGUGAAAUAGUGUUAAGUCGUGACGCCCGUCGUCGUCGUCGUCUUCGUCGUCGGGCGUCAUUGUGGAUUUCGUCUCGUCUUUGAGUAUCGAAGGAUGUAACGUGUUCUGUCAGUGACAUCAUCGGUGAUCAUCAGUUCUUGGUGCGCGAAACAGUGAAUAUAGAAAAACAGGACGUCUCUUUAGGACGCGUUCUAUCGUAUCGCGGGUGUCGGAUGUGAGAACAAACUUCGGAUCACACAAUCACGGCUCACUUCGCGCUACUUGCCACAGACAUCCCGGCGCCAUCUCCAUGUGGCACGCUCGGCCGACAGGUCCCGCGAUCGCCUCGCGCGCCAAACUCCCGCUCUAGGUAUAUCAUUCUCCGCGUUGAUACUUAUCUCCUUCCAAAAUCGACCAAAACUCAUCGUCGUUCAACAUAUCUCUCGAGACGAAGCACGUGCCCGCGCGCAACGUGCAAACGUGAUAUGCGCAAUUGACGGGAGGCGCUCUGACACCCGAACUGUGUCCCGGAACGACCGCGGUGGUGUCAUCAGCGACGAUGUGGAAACACGUGCAUCCGGCCGCAGCCCUCGUCGUAACCGUCGCAGAAGCCUUAUCGCAAGCGAUACCUGCCACCGAGCUGUGCUGACGCUUGUUCGCUAUUAUCUAAAUUCAACGUCGGCUACACGUCUCGUUGUGAGCGACGCUCUCUUGAGCUCUUCGAGAUAUAAGAGAGAACGAGAGAAAUUAGUAAAGACAAACGGAAAACGAGAGAAAGAUUUAGACAGAGCGGAAUACAAGCGAGCCGACGGAACGCGAUUGUUCUAGACUUAAACGAGUGCGUGUAAAUUCGCGUAUCGAGUAUUCUUUUCGAUUAUUCUAAAAAGAAGAAAAAGGGAGAAACUCAUCUUUCAGUUUGACCGUCGGCUGCUGACGGAGGUUGGAAUUCGCUCUCGAUCUCUAUCCGUCGGACAACCUAACCUUUUACCGCGAAAGUUCAGCGUCGCGUAGCGCGUCCGAGCGCCAGGCUUAGAUCGCGCUACAAUAGUGCUGAGAAAGUGUUGUGAAGUGUCGAGGCUCUCUUGCUUACAUUGUGGGAAAAUACAGCCGCUACGGUGGCUCAGCACGCAGAGUUCCCCGGCGCGGCCAGGGCGUUCAUGGCGCAGCCAAGGUACGAUGAUGGCGGGCUGCACGGGGGUUACCUCGAGGGCGGUGGUGGCGGUGGAGGCGCAGGGCUGUACGAUCCACACGGUAAUGCCCGCGGCGUUCCCGGUCUCCAUCACAGUCCACACCUCGGUAGUAUGGGUCCGGCUCACCCCCAGUACCCACCGCCCCAGCCGCCACAGCACGUUCUGGCGGCAGCAGCCGCGGCCGCGGCCUCCGCGGUACCCGAUGUCCACAAACGCGACAAGGACGCUAUAUACGGACACCCCCUGUUCCCGCUCCUCGCACUCAUAUUUGAAAAGUGCGAGCUGGCAACGUGUACGCCGCGCGAGCCUGGUGUAGCGGGUGGUGACGUCUGCUCGUCAGAAAGCUUCAACGAGGACAUUGCCGUUUUCUCAAAACAGAUCAGACAAGAGAAGCCGUACUACAUUGCGGACCCGGAGGUGGAUUCGCUGAUGGUUCAAGCGAUCCAAGUCCUCCGGUUUCACCUCCUCGAGCUCGAAAAGGUACACGAACUCUGUGACAACUUCUGCCAUCGAUAUAUCAGCUGCCUGAAGGGCAAGAUGCCGAUCGACCUCGUCAUCGACGACCGGGAAAGUUCGAAGCCACCCGAGCUGGGUAACGGACUGGAUGGCGGCGGCCCUAGAAGCACCGCCGACAGCACCAGUCAUACAGACGGAGCCAGCACGCCGGACGUCAGGCCACCCUCCUCGUCGCUUUCGUACCCCGGCGCGGGUGCUAACGACGAUGCGCGUAGUCCCGGAAGUGGCGGUACACCCGGACCCCUUAGCCAACAAGCGCCAGCCAGCCUGGACUCAUCGGACCCCGAUGCAAUGGGUAAAUGGUGUCCUCGUAGAGAAUGGAGUUCGCCGCCUGACGCGCAACGUGCGGCGAGCGACGCGCGUCGUGGUGUCCUUUAUUCCUCCGUCUUCCUCGGCAGUCCCGGUGACGCGAGUAACGCGAGUAUCGGUAGCGGCGAGGGUACGGGCGAGGAAGACGACGAUUCGACGGGCAAGAAAAACCAAAAGAAACGGGGUAUCUUUCCUAAAGUUGCGACGAACAUCCUCAGGGCGUGGCUCUUUCAACAUCUCACGCAUCCAUACCCCUCGGAAGACCAGAAAAAACAGUUGGCGCAGGACACGGGGUUGACGAUCCUUCAGGUUAACAAUUGGUUUAUCAAUGCGAGGCGUAGAAUCGUUCAACCAAUGAUUGACCAGAGUAAUCGAGCUGAUGAAAUAACCGAUGUGCCAUUUGCCAAGGAUUUAUUUCAUGUUUAUAGACAUAUUUUUGCUUCGAAUUAUCAAAUGUUUCCACCAUUGUCUGCAGGACCGAGCGGGGCAUAUAGUCCGGACGCGACGAUGGGCUACAUGAUGGACGGACAGACGGCCAGCAUGAUGCACCGGCCGCCCGGUGAUCCUACCUUCCAUAAUCAGUACCAUUACCCGGAGUACUAUGGACAUCACAUAUAAAGAAGUAUUUGCAAGACGAAACGGACGGUGGAAUGACAGUUCUAGUGACAUGAGAAGCGUGACGGGCCUACCGUGUUCCGGCUGGCGUAAACCAGAAUCGGAGGACAAUGACGAUCAGUUGAUCGCUAGAACCAUUUCUUGCCACGCCGCACGUCGAAAUCCGUGACGCUCGGGUGCUCGGGAAUGAGAGAAGACACGAGAGAAAGGGAAAGGGGUAAAGGAGCGAGAUUCCCGGUUGAAGGAGGAAAGACGUGGCGGGUGAAACGCCGCGGGAGGCCAACGAGAAGAAGAUCGUAGAACCGUCGAAGGAAGAGAGACGGUUAUACGAGAUCGAGUGAAGUAGCUGCGGAAGCGGCGACGCGGAAGGACACGGGGAGAAUGAAGCCGCGACUUGGCCUGGAGAAUGACGCGGUGAAAUUCAUGUGAUUGUUCUUUGUACAAAUAUCGCGGUGUAAUAUUGUAGUGAUUGAAGAAUUUAAAUGUUAAAUUUUAAUACGGUCGCGAUCGAGAUAUAUUAAUAAAAUAUAAGUGAUAUAUAGGCAAUUUAGCGGGCAUGUACAUUAAUUAAAGAGCUAAACCCCCGGUGCUCGCACGGAAUAGGGAGUAUGUUCAAGUGCACAGACGAUGCAAAGGAAGUAUAAAAAGAAAGAGAGAAUUUACCAAGAAAAAAGAGUGGAAGUGUAUACAUAUAUAUAUACAUAUGUAUAUAUAUUUUUAUAUGUAUGUAUCUAUGUAAUAUAUAUGCAUAUAUAUAUAAUACAUACAUAUAUAUAUAUACAAUAUGUAUAUAUAUAGUAUAAAUAAAUAUAAAUAGCGAGAUACAAAAAAUGAGUAGAGAAAGAAAACAAGAUUAUUAAACGACACGAUGGAGAUGUUUAAAGAUAUAUAAAAA